AUGACACCAACAGUAACCCCUCUACAGUUACCUAAGAGGGAGGGAGUGAAGCCCUUUCCCGAUGCACCGUUAGGAGGAGCGGCCGUAGAGCCGCAUGCACUGCCUCCAAAGCCAAGAACCCGGGCUUCCAGCGUAAACGAUGGGAGGAAAAAGACGACCAGCUACCCUUCGUACAUGAAUCCACUGAAGCUCCCCACGAAAGCUAUCGUCUGGACAAACAAGCCCCCAGUUAAGCCCAACAAAAUUUCCGUGUCACUUGAAAACUUUGAGGAUGCUCCGAGAAUCAAAGGUGUUUUUAACAGUCCUCGAAGCCUCAAGGCGUGUGAGAUCGCAGUCGUUGAUCCACGCAACCUGCUAAAGCGCCCUCUCUCUCACUUUGAAGGAAAGGGUGUCCCCGAAACCCUUGCGCAGAUGCGGCACACAUACUACGAAAACAGAAGGAAAACUAAAUUGGAGGAAGUGCGCCGGAUUCGUGACGGACUACCUGUUGAGGUUCCUCAGGAAAAAGAGGAUGAACAAACUAACGUCAAUGGGCGAACCCCCUCAGUCAAUAAUGGUCAUCGGGCCCCACUACUAAGGGAGAGAAGUCCCCCACCAAUGGUCCGCCAGAGAACGCCUAUGCGUCGCUCUACGUCCUUUGGUUUCUGUUCUCGCAGCAGCAGCAGCGCUCCAUAUAAGGUUGGAGGGGAGAAACCUUAUCCUCCCUCACGAAGAACCACGUUGCACGGCGCUGACGGGCGUUCCCCGUCAGUGGGCGCCCUGAAGGUUCUGAAUCGCGCGAUGAGUGAGAACCGUUCCCUCUCCGCCGCGGAUUACGACAUGCUAAGGCGCAUUGAGGAGCGUGAGGAAAGAGCAAACGAGGCCAGGCAACGUGCGGAGGAGAUGGAGGCGGCCCGUGAAAGGGAGUUGCUAGAGAGAGGGCUCCGGAAAGAACUUCACGGAAUCAAUAAGCUCAUCGAGAGGGAAAACGAGAGGAUCAGCGCCGUGCAGAUGCGCCGGCAGAAACUGGAAAUGCGGUUGCAGCAAGCGCGUGAGCGCCAGAAGCGGAGCGAAGAGGAACGUCUCGGCCAGUGGAACGCUAAGCGCUAG